GAAGCUCAGUCUCCACCCCAACUCCCUCCCACCUUGGCCUAAGUUUGUCCUUCUGAGGCUGCCAUCCCAAACUCUACUCCUAAUCCCUCCCCACACCCAGGUUUGCUCUUUUAAAAUAGUUGCUUUCUUAGGAAAUGUAAUUGCUUUCUUAACCUCAUCAAAUUCAUGAAGAUUUAGCCGAAGCCCAUGGUGAGUCUUAAACUGGAUAUCUCUCAUGUUUUAAAAGAUGGGUGUUUGAAGGAGCAACUCACAAGAGAGAAAAGAUGACUGGAAUACAGAUAUGAUGGCUGAGGCACCAGCAGCCAUGUUGGACCUUGGGAAAGGAAGUCACGUAAGAAAAGGAACAGGGUCUCAUUCUGUGUAGCCUCAUAGCUGCCCAACUGCUGUAUUUAACAGACGUGAGAGAGAACUAAGUUUCUAACUUAUUAAGCUUCAGCUAUUUUUUUUCUGAACUAAAUUCUCGUUAUUACAAAAUACAAACAAAAUAAAGAUUGAGAACUGACACUGACAAUUAUGUGUUUCCUAAAUUCCCGACCAACAUUUCUGAAUGCUGAACCUUUCCAGCUACCCAUUAUCUUCUAAAUGGCCUUCAGAAAUGAUGGAGAAACUGACACGUUAUGAGUAUUUCCUGCCCUACAUGGAUUUUGAACUUGAAUUCCCAGCCUCGCUUGCAUCUAGAUACAGCCACAAAUCAUCUUCAAAAUGACGAGGAUUUUGACAGCUUUCAAAGUGGUGAGGACACUGAAGACUGGUUUUGGCUUUACCAAUGUGACUGCACACCAAAAAUGGAAAUUUUCGAGACCUGGCAUCAGGCUCCUUUCUGUCAAGGCACAGACAGCACACAUUGUCCUGGAAGAUGGAACUAAGAUGAAAGGUUACUCUUUUGGCCAUCCAUCCUCUGUUGCUGGUGAAGUGGUUUUUAAUACUGGCCUGGGAGGGUACCCAGAAGCUAUUACUGACCCUGCCUACAAAGGACAGAUUCUCACAAUGGCCAACCCUAUUAUUGGGAAUGGUGGAGCUCCUGAUACUACUGCUCUGGAUGAACUGGGACUUAGCAAAUAUUUGGAGUCUAAUGGAAUCAAGGUUGCAGGUUUGCUGGUGCUGGAUUAUAGUAAAGACUACAACCACUGGCUGGCUACCAAGAGUUUAGGGCAAUGGCUACAGGAAGAAAAGGUUCCUGCAAUUUAUGGAGUGGACACAAGAAUGCUGACUAAAAUAAUUCGGGAUAAGGGUACCAUGCUUGGGAAGAUUGAAUUUGAAGGUCAGCCUGUGGAUUUUGUGGAUCCAAAUAAACAGAAUUUGAUUGCUGAGGUUUCAACCAAGGAUGUCAAGGUGUACGGCAAAGGAAACCCCACGAAAGUGGUAGCUGUAGACUGUGGGAUUAAAAACAAUGUAAUCCGCCUGCUAGUAAAGCGAGGAGCUGAAGUGCACUUAGUUCCCUGGAACCAUGAUUUCACCAAGAUGGAGUAUGAUGGGAUUUUGAUUGCGGGAGGACCGGGGAACCCAGCUCUUGCAGAACCACUAAUUCAGAAUGUCAGAAAGAUUUUGGAGAGUGAUCGCAAGGAGCCAUUGUUUGGAAUCAGUACAGGAAACUUAAUAACAGGAUUGGCUGCUGGUGCCAAAACCUACAAGAUGUCCAUGGCCAACAGAGGGCAGAAUCAGCCUGUUUUGAAUAUCACAAACAAACAGGCUUUCAUUACUGCUCAGAAUCAUGGCUAUGCCUUGGACAACGCCCUCCCUGCUGGCUGGAAACCACUUUUUGUGAAUGUCAACGAUCAAACAAAUGAGGGGAUUAUGCAUGAGAGCAAACCCUUCUUCGCUGUGCAGUUCCACCCAGAGGUCACCCCGGGGCCAACAGACACUGAGUACCUGUUUGAUUCCUUUUUCUCACUGAUAAAGAAAGGAAAAGCUACCACCAUUACAUCAGUCUUACCGAAGCCAGCACUAGUUGCAUCUCGGGUUGAGGUUUCCAAAGUCCUUAUUCUAGGAUCAGGAGGUCUGUCCAUUGGUCAGGCUGGAGAAUUUGAUUACUCAGGAUCUCAAGCUGUAAAAGCCAUGAAGGAAGAAAAUGUCAAAACUGUUCUGAUGAACCCAAACAUUGCAUCAGUCCAGACCAAUGAGGUGGGCUUAAAGCAAGCCGAUACUGUCUACUUUCUUCCCAUCACCCCUCAGUUUGUCACAGAGGUCAUCAAGGCAGAACGGCCAGAUGGGUUAAUUCUGGGCAUGGGUGGCCAGACAGCUCUGAACUGUGGAGUGGAACUAUUCAAGAGAGGUGUGCUCAAGGAAUAUGGUGUGAAAGUCCUGGGAACUUCAGUUGAGUCCAUUAUGGCAACGGAAGACAGGCAGCUGUUUUCAGAUAAACUAAAUGAGAUCAAUGAAAAGAUUGCUCCAAGUUUUGCAGUAGAAUCGAUUGAGGAUGCGCUGAAGGCAGCAGACACCAUUGGCUACCCAGUGAUGAUCCGUUCCGCCUAUGCACUGGGCGGGUUAGGCUCAGGCAUCUGUCCCAACAGAGAGACUUUGAUGGACCUCAGCACAAAGGCCUUUGCUAUGACCAACCAAAUUCUGGUGGAGAAGUCAGUGACAGGUUGGAAAGAAAUAGAAUAUGAAGUGGUUCGAGAUGCUGAUGACAAUUGUGUCACUGUCUGUAACAUGGAAAAUGUUGACGCCAUGGGUGUUCACACAGGUGACUCAGUUGUUGUGGCUCCUGCCCAGACACUCUCCAAUGCCGAGUUUCAGAUGUUGAGACGUACUUCAAUCAAUGUUGUUCGCCACUUGGGCAUUGUGGGUGAAUGCAACAUUCAGUUUGCCCUUCAUCCUACCUCAAUGGAAUACUGCAUCAUUGAAGUGAAUGCCAGACUGUCCCGAAGCUCUGCUCUGGCCUCAAAAGCCACUGGCUACCCAUUGGCAUUCAUUGCUGCAAAGAUUGCCCUAGGAAUCCCACUUCCAGAAAUUAAGAACGUUGUAUCCGGGAAGACAUCAGCCUGUUUUGAACCUAGCCUGGAUUACAUGGUCACCAAGAUUCCCCGCUGGGAUCUUGACCGUUUUCAUGGAACAUCUAGCCGAAUUGGUAGCUCUAUGAAAAGUGUAGGAGAGGUCAUGGCUAUUGGUCGUACCUUUGAGGAGAGUUUCCAGAAAGCUUUACGGAUGUGCCACCCAUCUAUAGAAGGUUUCACUCCCCGUCUCCCAAUGAACAAAGAAUGGCCAUCUAAUUUAGAUCUUAGAAAAGAGUUGUCUGAACCAAGCAGCACGCGUAUCUAUGCCAUUGCCAAGGCCAUUGAUGACAACAUGUCCCUUGAUGAGAUUGAGAAGCUCACAUACAUUGACAAGUGGUUUUUGUAUAAGAUGCGUGAUAUUUUAAACAUGGAAAAGACACUGAAAGGGCUCAACAGUGAGUCCGUUACAGAAGAAACCCUGAAAAGGGCAAAGGAGAUUGGGUUCUCAGAUAAGCAGAUUUCGAAAUGCCUUGGGCUCACUGAGGCCCAGACAAGGGAGCUGAGGUUAAAGAAAAACAUCCACCCUUGGGUUAAACAGAUUGAUACACUGGCUGCAGAAUACCCAUCAGUAACAAACUAUCUCUAUGUUACCUACAAUGGUCAGGAGCAUGAUGUCAAUUUUGAUGACCAUGGAAUGAUGGUACUAGGCUGUGGUCCAUAUCACAUUGGCAGCAGUGUGGAAUUUGAUUGGUGUGCUGUCUCUAGUAUCCGCACACUGCGUCAACUUGGCAAGAAGACGGUGGUGGUGAAUUGCAAUCCUGAGACUGUGAGCACAGACUUUGAUGAGUGUGACAAACUGUACUUUGAAGAGUUGUCCUUGGAGAGAAUCCUAGACAUCUACCAUCAGGAGGCAUGUGGUGGCUGCAUCAUAUCAGUUGGAGGCCAGAUUCCAAACAACCUGGCAGUUCCUCUCUACAAGAAUGGUGUCAAGAUCAUGGGCACAAGCCCCCUGCAGAUCGACAGGGCUGAGGAUCGCUCCAUCUUCUCAGCUGUCUUGGAUGAGCUGAAGGUGGCUCAGGCACCUUGGAAAGCUGUUAAUACUUUGAAUGAAGCACUGGAAUUUGCAAAGUCUGUGGACUACCCCUGCCUGUUGAGGCCUUCCUAUGUUUUGAGUGGGUCUGCUAUGAAUGUGGUAUUCUCUGAGGAUGAGAUGAAAAAAUUCCUAGAAGAGGCCACUAGAGUUUCUCAGGAGCACCCAGUGGUGCUGACAAAAUUUGUUGAAGGGGCCCGAGAAGUAGAAAUGGACGCUGUUGGCAAAGAUGGAAGGGUUAUCUCUCAUGCCAUCUCCGAACAUGUUGAAGAUGCAGGUGUCCACUCGGGAGAUGCCACUCUGAUGCUGCCCACACAAACCAUCAGCCAAGGGGCCAUUGAAAAGGUGAAGGAUGCUACCCGGAAGAUUGCAAAGGCUUUUGCCAUCUCUGGUCCAUUCAACGUCCAAUUUCUUGUCAAAGGAAAUGAUGUCUUGGUGAUUGAGUGUAACUUGAGAGCUUCUCGAUCCUUCCCCUUUGUUUCCAAGACUCUUGGGGUUGACUUCAUUGAUGUGGCCACCAAGGUGAUGAUUGGAGAGAAUGUUGAUGAGAAACCUCUUCCAACAUUGGACCAUCCCAUAAUUCCUGCUGACUAUGUUGCAAUUAAGGCUCCCAUGUUUUCCUGGCCCCGAUUGAGGGAUGCUGACCCCAUUCUGAGAUGUGAGAUGGCUUCCACCGGAGAGGUGGCUUGCUUUGGUGAAGGUAUUCAUACAGCCUUCCUAAAGGCAAUGCUUUCCACAGGAUUUAAGAUACCCCAGAAAGGCAUCCUGAUAGGCAUCCAGCAAUCAUUCCGGCCAAGAUUCCUUGGUGUGGCUGAACAAUUACACAAUGAAGGUUUCAAGCUGUUUGCCACGGAAGCCACAUCAGACUGGCUCAACGCCAACAAUGUCCCUGCCACCCCAGUGGCAUGGCCGUCUCAAGAAGGACAGAAUCCCAGCCUCUCUUCCAUCAGAAAAUUGAUUAGAGAUGGCAGCAUUGACCUAGUGAUUAACCUUCCCAACAACAACACUAAAUUUGUCCAUGAUAAUUAUGUGAUUCGGAGGACAGCUGUUGACAGUGGAAUCCCUCUCCUCACUAAUUUUCAGGUGACCAAACUUUUUGCUGAAGCUGUGCAGAAAUCUCGCAAGGUGGACUCCAAGAGUCUUUUCCACUACAGGCAGUACGGUGCUGGAAAAGCAGCAUAGAGAUGCAGACAUCCCAGCCCCAUUAUUAAAUCAACCUGAGCCACAUGUUAUCUAAAGGAACUGAUUCACAACUUUCUCAGAGAUGAAUAUUGUUAACUAAACUUCAUUUCAGUUUACUUUGUUAUGCCUUAAUAUUCUGUGUCUUUUGCAAUUAAAUUGUCAGUCACUUCUUCAAAACCUUACAGUCCUUCCUAAGUUACUCUUCAUGAGAUUUCAUCCAUUUACUAAUACUGUAUUUUUGGUGGACUAGGCUUGCCUAUGUGCUUAUUUGUAGCUUUUUACUUUUUAUGGUGCUGAUUAAUGGUGAUCAAGGUAGGAAAAGUUGCUGUUCUAUUUUCUGAACUCUUUCUAUACUUUAAGAUACUUUAUUUUUAAAACUAUCUGCAAACUCAGGACACUUUAACAGCGCAGAAUACUCUAAAAACUUGAUAAAAUGAAAUAUAGAUUUAAUUUAUGAACCUUCCAUCAUGAUGUUUGUGUACUGCUUCUUUUUGGAUCCUCAUUCUCACCCAUUUGGCUAAUCCAGGAAUAUUGUUAUCCCUUCCCAUUAUAUUGAAGUUGAGAAAUGUGACAGAGGCGUUUAGAGUAUGGACUUUUCUUUUCUUUUUCUUUUUCUUUUUUUCUUUUUGAGAUGGAGUCACACUCUCCAGGCUGGAGUGCAGUGGCACGAUCUCGGCUCACUGCAAUCUCCGUCUCCCAAGUUCAAGCGAUUCUCCUGCUUUAGACUAUGGAUUUCUUUAAGGAAUACUGGUUUGCAGUUUUGUUUUCUGGACUGUAUCAGCAGAUGGUAGACAGUGUUUAUGUAGAUUUGUUGUUGUUUUUAUCAUUGGAUUUUAACUUGGCCCGAGUGAAAUAAUCAGAUUUUUGUCAUUCACACUCUCCCCCAGUUUUGGAAUAACUUGGAAGUAAGGUUCAUUCCCUUAAGACGAUGGAUUCUGUUGAACUAUGGGGUCCCACACUGCACUAUGAAUUCCACCCACUGUAAGGGCAAGGACACCAUUCCUUCUACAUAUAAGAAAAAAGUCUCUCCCGAAGGGCAGCCUUUGUUACUUUUAAAUAUUUUCUGUUAUUACAAGUGCUCUAAUUGUGAACUUUUAAAUAAAAUACUAUUAAGAGGUAA